GAGAAAAAAAAAAAGAUGAAGACGCUUAAAUGCCUCCUGCCAAAAGUAAAGAGCGAAUCUCAGUUGCGAUGGCUCUGCUAAAACUUGAUCAUGCGGGAUUUCAAGCGAUAAAAAAGGGCUGCCAGGCUGCUAUUUUCUGCGGCGGGAACAAGUUGCAGGAUGAAAUCCAGGCACUGAGGGACCUAUUUUCCACUUCAUUGUUUGCGAAGGAAUCUACUGAAAUGACUUUGAGGAUCUUUAAACUGGAACUAUGUGGAGGGAGAAUGCACCCCCCCUCGCCUGUCUCCCUGUGCGCGUAGCUGCCCUCCCGGGAUGCGAUGUCGCCCGCAGGCUGUGGCGGGGAUCACGCGUGCGGCCGGCGGCGCGGAGGCCGCCCCUGAGCCCGGGCAGCGAGGGGCGCGACAUGCCCGCGGUCGCGACAUGCCCUGCACCGACAGCAGCACCGGCAGCGACACCUGCGGCCCCUCCGGCUCCUCCCGCCGCUCCGUCUCCUGAGGCGCUCGGGGACAAAGCUGGCAAAGAUGAGGAAAAUUGGCUGUGCUCUCCUGGUACUCCAAGCUCUUCUGGCGCCUUUGGAUCUUGUACGUGGAGCAGAGAAAAAUUAUCCCAUCCUGAACAUUGCAGUGAUUCUGGGAAGGACCAAGUACAUAACAGAGAGAGAUAUCAGAGCUCUCUGGACCAGGGAAAUGUCAGCAGACCUGACUGUUGAUGUCAAUGUAGUGACCCUUCUCGUGAACCAGACUGACCCCAAGAGCAUCAUAACACAUGUUUGUGACUUGAUGUCAGGCACCAAGAUCCAUGGAGUGGUUUUUGGAGAUGACACCGAUCAGGAGGCAGUAGCUCAGAUUUUGGAUUUUAUUUCAUCUCAGACUUCUAUUCCAAUUCUUGGAAUUCAUGGCGGGGCCUCCAUGAUAAUGGCAGAUAAGGAUGUGAUGUCCACGUUCUUCCAGUUUGGGGCUUCCAUCCAGCAAGAAGCCAUUAUCAUGCUGAAGAUCAUGCAGGAUUAUGACUGGCACGUGUUCUCUCUGGUGACCACCACUUUCCCUGGAUACCGAGAUUUCAUCAAUGUCAUUAAGACCACUGUGGAAAAUAGCUUUGUGGGCUGGGACAUGCAGAACGUCAUCACACUUGAUACUGCCUUUGGAGAUGAUGCCAAGACUCAAAUUCAGCUGAAGAAAAUCCAUUCCUCUGUCAUCCUGCUCUACUGCUCCAAGGAUGAAGCUGUCUACAUUCUGGAUGAGGCUCGCUCCCUGGGCCUUACUGGCUAUGAUUUCUUUUGGAUAGUUCCCAGCCUGGUUAGUGGUAACACAGAAAUCACUCCCAAGGAGUUUCCUUCAGGACUCAUUUCGGCAGCUUAUGAUGAGUGGGACUACAGUUUAGAAGCUCGGGUGCGGGACGGCCUUGGGGUCAUUGCCACUGCUGCCUCAGCCAUGCUGGAAAAAUACUCCUCCAUUCCCGAGGCCAGAACGAGCUGCUAUGGACAACUGGAGAAAAAUGACAGGCCCUUUCAAACCUUGCACAAGUUUAUGAUGAAUGUGACUUGGGAAGGCAGAGAUUUGUCCUUCACGGCCGAUGGUUACCAGGCACACCCCAGGCUGGUGGUGAUAGUGCUGAACAACGAGCGGGAGUGGGAGAAGGUGGGGAAGUGGGAGAACAACUCCCUGAGCCUGAAGUACUCGGUGUGGCCGAGGUACAGCUCCUUCGCAGACAGCGACCCCGACGACAACCACCUGAGCAUCGUCACCCUGGAGGAGGCUCCCUUUGUCAUCGUGGAGGACGUGGAUCCUUUGAUGGAGAGUUGCCAAAAAAACACCGUGCCGUGCCGAAAAUUUGUCAGGCUGAACAACAAAACUAAUGAGGGAACUAACGUGAAGAAGUGUUGCAAAGGAUUCUGCAUUGAUAUCUUGAAGAAGUUGUCUAAAACUGUCAAGUUCACAUAUGACCUGUAUUUAGUGACCAACGGGAAACAUGGCAAAAAAGUCAAUAAUGUGUGGAAUGGGAUGAUUGGUGAAGUGGUGUAUCACCGGGCAGUGAUGGCCGUGGGGUCCCUCACCAUUAACGAGGAGCGCUCUGAGGUCGUCGACUUCUCGGUGCCGUUUGUUGAGACUGGGAUCAGCGUCAUGGUGUCACGGAGCAACGGCACAGUUUCGCCAUCUGCUUUCCUAGAGCCUUUUAGUGCUUCUGUCUGGGUGAUGAUGUUUGUGAUGCUUCUCAUCGUGUCUGCCAUGGCUGUCUUUAUAUUUGAGUACUUCAGUCCUGUAGGAUAUAACAGGAACUUAGCACAAGGGAGAGAUCCCCAUGGCCCAUCCUUUACCAUUGGAAAGGCGGUGUGGUUACUGUGGGGUUUGGUCUUCAACAACUCUGUGCCUGUGCAAAACCCCAAAGGGACGACGAGUAAAAUCAUGGUGUCGGUUUGGGCUUUCUUUGCUGUCAUUUUCCUGGCCAGUUAUACUGCCAACUUAGCUGCCUUUAUGAUUCAAGAGGAAUUUGUUGACCAAGUGACUGGACUGAGUGAUAAAAAGUUUCAAAGGCCACAUGAUUACUCACCUCCUUUUCGAUUUGGAACAGUCCCAAAUGGAAGCACUGAGAGGAAUAUCAGAAACAACUACCCUGAUAUGCACCUUUACAUGACGAAGUUUAAUCAGAAAGGAGUUGAAGAUGCCUUGGUCAGCUUGAAAACUGGGAAGUUGGAUGCUUUCAUCUACGAUGCAGCAGUGCUGAAUUACAAGGCUGGAAGAGAUGAAGGCUGCAAACUUGUCACAAUAGGGAGCGGAUACAUCUUUGCCACUACCGGCUACGGAAUUGCACUUCAGAAAGGAUCACCUUGGAAGAGACAAAUCGAUCUCGCCCUCCUUCAGUUUGUGGGAGAUGGGGAAAUGGAAGAGUUGGAAACCCUGUGGCUGACUGGUAUUUGUCACAACGAGAAGAAUGAAGUCAUGAGCAGCCAGCUGGACAUCGACAACAUGGCAGGAGUGUUUUACAUGCUUGCAGCAGCCAUGGCUCUCAGUUUGAUCACCUUUGUCUGGGAGCACUUGUUUUACUGGAAACUCAGAUUCUGCUUCACUGGAGUCUGCUCAGACAGGCCAGGAUUGCUGUUCUCAAUCAGCAGGGGUAUUUACAGCUGCAUUCAUGGAGUACACAUUGAAGAGAAAAAGAAGUCUCCUGACUUUAGUUUGACCAAUUCACAAACCAACAUGUUAAAACUGCUACGUACAGCAAAAAACAUGACCAAUAUCAAUCCUUCAAGAAUUGACUCCCCCAAAAGAACAGCUGAUUUUAUUCAGAGGGGUUCUUUGAUUAUGGACAUGGUCAUGGAUAAGGGUAACUUGAUAUUUGCUGAUAACAGAUCCUUUCAGACAAAGGACAACUUUUUUGGUGACAACAUAAGUGAACUGCAGACACUUCCAGGCAACCGACACAAGGACAAUCUUAACAACUAUGUUUUCCAAGGUCAGCAUCCUCUCACGUUGAAUGAAUCCAAUCCAAACACGGUAGAGGUUGCAGUAACAACAGAAGCAAAAGUGAAUUCCAGACCUAGGCAGCUGUGGAGGAAAUCUGUUGAAUCUUUACGUCAAGAAUCUGUACGUCAGAGCCAAGGUUCCCAGAGGGAUGACGGGUCAGAGGAAAACAGGCAGCUUUCAGUGAAAAGCCAAAGAUACCUUCCUGAAGAGAUUGUCCAUUCAGAUGUAUCAGAGACAUCAAGCCGAGCUACUUGCCAUAUGGAAGCUGAAAACAACAACAAGCAUCACAAAACCAAGGACAACUUCAAAAAAAGGACAGUAGCAUCAAAAUACCCAAAAGACUGUAGUGAAGUGGAACUGACAUAUCUAAAAACCAAACAGAGCUCUCCACGGGAUAAAAUCUACACAAUUGAUGCUGACAAGGAGCCAGGAUUCCGCUUGGACACACCUCAGUACAUCGAAAACAUUGUCCUUCCAGAAACUGUGGAGUUUCCUGAUGUUUAUCAAGAUCACAAUGACAACUACAGGAAAGCCGAGCACGCUAACAGGACUCCAAUGCAUAAUGAAGACAGUCUUCCAAACAAUGACCAGUAUAAACUUUAUGCAAAGCACUACACUCUAAAAGAUAAAAAUGCUUCCCUACCUGAUGAUAGAUACAGACAGAAUUCCACCCACUGCAGGAGCUGUCUUUCCAAUUUGCCCACUUAUGCGGGACACUAUUCGACCAGAUCUCCCUAUAAAUGCGAUGCAUGCUUGCGGAUGGGGAACCUCUAUGAUAUUGAAGAAGAUCAGAUGCUGCAGGACACAACGAACUUAUCACUUCCUGAAGAAAUAUAUGAGCGUACUUGGUCGACAAGUAAUGCUCUGCAAUAUCAUAAAAAAAAUAAAUUGAGGAUUAGCAGGCAACACUCUUUUGAUAAUAUCGCUGAUAAGUCCAGGGAAAUUGAUAUUGGAAGACCUUCUCGUAGUAUAAGCUUGAAAGAAAGAGAGAAAUUUCUUCAAAGUAGUCCAUAUGCAAGCAUGUUUAGUGUUCCCUCAAGCAAACUAUUGAGCAACAAGGCCUCACUUUUAACUCAUGCUCUAGAGGACAGUAAGAGGAGCAAGUCCCUGUAUGCUGUUCACUCGGAUGACAAUCCCUUUCUGCACUCGUAUCGUGAUGACCAGCACUUAUCUCUUAGGCGAAGUCCAGCUGAUCUUUAUAAACAUUCAUUGCCAACAAGAGGAAGAAAUGAUAAUUAUUUAAGGUCAUCCAUGCAGUCUACAGCAUCAUACUCUUCCAGGGAUGGUCGGAUCCAUAAUGACAUGUACAUUUCAGAGCAUGUUUUGCCUUACGUUGCAAAUAGGAAUAGCUUGUACACAACUCCAAGGGUUUUGAAUUCCUGUAGCAAUACACGUGUGUAUAAGAAAAGGCCUAGCAUUGAAUCAGAUGUUUAAAUUUUCCAUGAACACUUUAUCUAUAGGGAAAGAAUAGUUGCCACCAUCUUAGAGGGAGAACUUAUCCUUUAACAGUAUCCUGCUCUGGUAAAUGACACGUAAACCUCUCCCUUUCCCAAUGUACUUUUGUACAUGAAUAGGUAAACUGGUAUGCUCUUAACUAUCCUUUUAAAAUAUGUCUUGUUGAAAAAGGAUAAAAAAUAGCCAUUUAUAUAUGCUUUAUAUAUAAAUGGCAAGUUGUACUGAAAUAGCCCCAAUAUAUGUUGGCAACUAUGCUGUUUUGUAUCUAAUUCUUUUACUAUUUCGGUUAUUCUAAUUUAUGUUGCUAAGUAUCAUUCAAUGUACUUUUGUCCUUAGAAAUGUUUAAUGAUUUUCUAGUACUGGAUAAGCAAUAUGGUAUGCAUGUAGUAUGACACAGACAACAAGAAUUAGGAAUGCAUUUGCACAGAUUCAAAAGUAAGACUCUAAAAGAGAACAGAAAGCUAGACUUUCAAAAAUACAUGUUAGCUUCAUAAUCAUUUUCAAAGCCAAGUAAUAAUUUAAAAAAACCCCCACAUCCCAAGACCUUAAUAAAUAAAAUACAGUGUUUUAGCACAAAAUUAGUAUGUUCAUUCUAGACUGACAGACAAUAGAUGGGAAGGCAGUAGCCCCAAACAUGUGAACUGCUGUGUACCAAAAGGAAGCCCCAUGGAUAUUGGUUAACGUUCAUGUACAAAUGCUUUUCUUAUAUUGCACAUGCACUUACCAUUACAAAGUAAGUUCAUUGAAAAGUUUGCAGUAAUCUUGUCAGAAAUUUCACAGCUGCCUAAUCCAGAGUAUAUAUUUUUAGAUAUCACUAUAUGGCACUUACUAUGGAGCUGUGGACUUUACUAGUAACCUUGAGGCCUAAUGUGUACGUAAGUUUGCAUUUGCCCCUUACUGGUGAUUACUCAGGGCUGUAUAGUAUUUCUUUUAUUCUUUCACUUCCCAAACCAAAUCCCGACCCACUGUAGUUCUUUGUUCAUAGUGUAUUAGUGACAACUAAUGAAUUGUAUAUUAAUAGUAUUAAAGCUGUUAAUACAGUAUCAAACACUGACAGCCAUAAGUUCAGUGUAAUCAGUGAGGAGUGCAAUACCAUUUAUUUGCAUACACAGCAAAGGAUUAACACCUUCAGAAGGACUUCUUCCUUCCAGAAUAUUGUGCAUAUUUGUUGAACAUCAGACCAUUUUUUUUUAACCUCUCCAAUCAAGUCUGUUAUAUAAACUGAAUAUAUGCACACUUAACUAAGUAUGUUUAUUAUCACUGACUGAUAUGCAGAUAUUCACAUUACAGGGGUUCAUUGUUAAAUGGCUUUUCCAUUUAGUAAAUGUCAAUCAGAUUCUUUCACAAAUAAAAUGUCUGCUACAGACCCCUCCUUACCCUCACUGGAAAAAAACCCUACUAGAUUUUAACCAUAAGGGAGCGUGAAAGAGAGGAAAGGAAGCCUUUCAGGAGUAGAAUAUACAGAUGCUAAUUUAAUUUAAACUAAAGAAGUAAAUAUAAUUGCUAAUAUAUUUAACUACUGAAAGUGUUGCACUGGGUGGUGCUCUCCCAUUCUCCUGCUACUCUGCAAAUUGCUUUAGGAUUUUUGUGUAGAGGAAAUUUAGAUUAUUCAAGCAUUAUUCCCUCUGUUUCACUGAAGAACAGUGAGCAGGGAAACCAUUACCACUGUGAAUUGGAAAAUGUGAAUAUUACCCUAACUUUUCUCCAAACUGGAACUCUUUUCAGCAGAAUUGUGCCUGUCAGCUGCAAUUGAAGUAUCUGCAUGCCAGAGUUGCAGUAUGCAAGUUGCUUAAUUUGGAACAGCAUACUGCAGAGCAGAGUUGCAAAUGGGAGAUAAUAUAAAUGAUGUAUAGGGACAGUCAAAAUAAAGUUUUUUGAAUUGUUUACAGCUUUUUUUUUUAAUUAUUAUUAUUGAGAAGAUUCAAGCUGACUUUGACCACCAAACAGUCCAGAAUGAAUUCUUGGUAUUUGCAAAUGUAUUUGUAUGUUCACCAUGCUGGUGAAGGAUGAUAUUUUUAAGGAAUGAAAUGUAAUGAGAUUUGGGCUUCUGAGUCUCUUUCCAGCUUCCAGAAAUCUCAGUAUGCUUUAUCAUAAGUGUGUUCAGAAAGCAUAUCUAUGGGUAUCUGUACACUGUCCAUGUAAAAAUAUGUAUUGAGUAUUCUUUAUUCAGCAUCUGGUCAUAAUUACUGGCCCUGAUUCACAUGGGAUGCUUUCUGGUUCCUCACUGGAGGCAAUUUUUAUAAAAAGAAGUUCCUUACCUGCCAUGCAUAUUUCCCAGGAAUAGUUGUAUGAGCUGAGCAGGGCUAGGGUGGUGUCUAUGGGAUGAACAGUACUUGUCAUGAACCCAAACCUUUUCCCAAAGACGUAGACAUAUUUGUCUUAGGUCUGCAGGAAAACAAAUGCACCGAAGGCAUAAAUAAUGCUGUAAUCAGUGUAAUAAAAAUAUUUCAGGCAAAUUUCAAUAUCCGAUCCAAAUCAUAGUAUAUUUACUAAAGUCUGCUGUAUUUCAGCAGGUAUGAUAUUUGCUGAUAUCGUGCCAAAAAGUGCAGUGGAAAUUGCUGAGCAUUUUACCAAUCAUAAAAUUCAGUGGUGGCUCUUGUCUUUUGUAUCAUCAUAAAGCUCUCAAAAUAUUUGUUGGUCGCUCCAAGUCUUUUGUAUCAUCAUCUCUCUAUCCAACCAGACACACCUAAUUCAGUAUAUAUAUGAGUAUGGUAUGUGAAGUUAUGGGAAAGAAAAAUUCCCUUUUACACUUUCUAGUUUAAACUCUAUAAACUCUUGAGGUUCAAUUGUAAACAUCCUCAAGCCAGGUGGAUUUAUCCUUCUGUGAGAUGUGCAAGCAAAUUAGUUAUAAUGAAAUAUAUUGCAGUGUUUGCUUUUUCUGAUCUGAGCAGAUUUCUGGUGACCGUAGAGAUUUAUUAUUAUUAGCUGCAAUAUGAAAUACAACCACCUCCCCUAAACCAAAACAAAGAGACAGAGGAAAGACUUGAUAAUGUUGCACAGCAGUUGUUCACAUGGAAAUAAAAGAUGCUGCCUUAAAGGAGGAAAAAACCCACCAGAUGAUGAAAAUAGAGGGAGUCUGCAUGCGUUUGUUGUUUUGAUCUUGGCAUAAGCACGAGACAGUAAAGGGGAAAGGAGAGGAUAAAGUGCAGGGCUGUAGGCAGUAGCUGGUUGCAGAUGUUUACUUAUAAAGAAGAAGCAGCUGAGAAGUUGAAGGAAAAUCUUCAACAGUAGAGCCACAAGCCACAGCUUGUGAGGCUCAGCCGUAGAGCGCAUGGAAUUUUGCCUGAGCUUUGUUGAUGUAUUUGCACUGACUUUCAAUUAAACUGAGAUCAAGACUUUCUGUAUUUCCCUCUCUCUCACUCUAGCUGCUGCUAUACUUGAAGAGGAGAAAAGAAUCUUCCUGCAUAAGUGGCCAUCCUUUCUGUACCUUUCUGGAUGGUGCUGGUGACUUGUUACAUUUUCCUGAUUACAGCUCUAGCAGUUUGUUGGUCAUUCCUAUCACCAAGAUUUCCUGUGACUCCAGCUGGAACUGAAUCAGGCUGUAAAUGAUAUGAGCCAUUCUUGGUAGCAUGUCCUGUAGUGUUACACUGCUCCUGGACGACACCUUUUAUGGAGGCAGGAUAUUGAAUUGCUGAGGAAUGCAGUAGGUACAUGGAGGUAAAAACAGCUACAUAGACAUACCUGCCUCUCGCUCUUUUUCUCUUUUAAAGAUAUUGUAGAAUUUCUUCAUGUUUUUGUCUUUCCCUUUUCACCACAGUAAAUCUUCCUUUUUUCUUUGAAAUGGAUUUUGUGUUCUGCUUGUGUUUCUUAGAGCAGUGUAGCCACCCACUAAUUUAAAUGCAUGGUAAUAAGAUAUUUUAAUAUAUAAGAUAAAAUUAAGGAAAAUUAAGAGAUUUUUGCAUUUUCAGAAAAUUUAAUUUAAUGUUUUUGCAGCUUUUGCUUAGACUUCAUUAUUCUGCUAUCUAAGAAGCUUGGUUAGGAGAAAGAGUGCUGUGGACAAACAGAAAUGAAAUCACCGCCAGCUCACUGUGUUUUGGCAGCAUUUCAUAAAUACAUGUCUCUUUAUGAUCUUUCAGGAACACUUAAGAGGUGAUAUAAGGCUCACAAGGGAAAUCAGGUGUGGUUUAUUUUUCCUGGUGAAAAUAAAUCUCUUUUUACAUAGUUUUAAACGAAGCAAAAGCUAGAGCUGUGUGUGUAGCUUUGAGUUUCUGUGCUGGAAGGCUGAGCUCUUUCUGUGGCCAGUGGGGAGAGAGAGAGAGAAAGCAAACUCCCUCUGGGUGAAAGUUCAGAGGACUGUGACCUUUUUAGAAAGUAUAGGUUCCUAACUUAGACACCUCAGUUAGGCAGGCUUAGAAAAGCAAUAGUCUAUUUAUCUCCAGCCUCAAAAAUGUACCAGUUAAAUCUGCAAGUGAGUACCAGGUUCAGCCUUGGAGGUGUGUAUAGGUUCCUGUGCUCGAGCAAGCAGUUGUUUGUGGGGUUUGCAGUAUUCCCUGGUCAGGAUCAUUGUUUGCUUUAAACCACAUGACUAUCCAGCCUGAGAUAGAACUGUCAGAAUCUAUUCCUUGUGGAAUAACUUGCUGUUUUCAUACUUUUGCAGUGUAGCAUAUGUACUUCAGUGAUGGGGAAGGGUUUGGUACUGUUCCCUCCCUUCCUGGGUUCAUCAACGUAGAACAGAAAUUGUGUCACAAAUCUCAGCUUGGAUUUAGAAAGAAUUCAAGAGGUGGAUCUUUUUGUUGUUUUACAUUGCAUUUAAGAUGUUUGAUACAUAAAACCUAGUGAAAACAAAACUUUUAUGGCAAAAUCCCCUCCUCAUUAAUAUAAAGAGUAACUAUCUGUGGCUUGGCUAAAUUGUGUCAAGUGUUAAUCAUCACAUCAUGUGCUUCUUUCAAGAUGGACUGUCAUAUAUUGCCUUACUAACUUUUCCCAGUUCUAGUCCUGUCUUAGCUCAAAAGUUCUUUCAAAGCAGAUACCUUUCCUGCGUAGGGCAAUCUGAUUUGCAACGUAAAAACAGUUUUCCAGUGAUACACUUAAGUUCUUUGCUUUAUCAAUGUUGUUGUUUGGGUUUUUUUUUAAUCUAAACUAACUUCCUGUAGAGAGCUGAGCCUUCCAAACAUAGCAGUGCUGAAGGAACUUCUGAAAGAACAUAAAGGUCUUUUAAAGUAUGACUUACUAUAUGAGCCAUUUCCCUGCCCAAACUCACCUGUACUGUCUUAUUUCAAUGUAUUAGCAACAUGUUAGCGUUUGCUGUCACUGAGGGAGCUCAGUUUAAUCACAGCUGCGUGUUUGUGGAUGUAGGUAUCAGCAUAGAAAGGUAUAUGGAGCGAGAGAGGAAAGGCUGGAGUCACCUGUGAAGCUGUGGUUAAAUGGGAGCAGCCUCAGGACCGUCGUGUCUCUUGUAUCGCUCUGAGCAGUGUCUGUCUGAUGUGCACAUACUGUACAUAGUGUAAAAUUCCUGUCGGUGCUCAGCUUCCAUUGUGGAAAUAACGCCAUGUCCACCCUCAUUCCAGUGUCACAGCGGUGUCUGUGGGGUGGGGAGGGGUUGGUUGUGCUCUCUGGUGUCUGUCACCCUGCUCGGUGGGAGCAGCACUCCCCGCCCUGCUGGGGAGGGUUACUGCACUCUCUGUAAAUAAGCUUCUCAUUUAUUUCCCUCACUCAAGCUUUUAAUUGGUUUUGUUUUGUUUUUUUUUCCCCUGCUUCUCUUGACCUGUGUGCGGAGUAUGCUCUCUAAAAAUAUGUGCUCUUCCAAAGUCCUGCAACUUUGGAAGUCAGGAAUACAGGUGUGCAUCGCCCUGCAAUGCAGUGAAAAUGCACUUAGUUCUUCUUGUGGGUUCAUGAGCUUUUUUUGUUACAUACUGCGGAAUGUAUCUGCUGUAGUUCAAGCUGGUUUUUUUUUUUUAAUAACUGCCAUUCUAACAGCUGUAAGAAUCCACUGCUGAUUUUGUGAUGAUUUUGUCAUAUCUAUAAUUUAAGAACCAGAAAUAAUAUAAGUAAAAAUAAGUUACCUCACUAUUUACCAGGUUUUUGUUGUUUUGCGCUUAAAUGACAAUUUUUACUCCUUUUGCUUAAUUCUUUACCUGUAUUGAAAACAAGGCUAAAUUAGUAGAGAAUAUAACCAUGCUGUAACAUUGUCAUGCGAUACCUUUAUUAAUAGAUAACCACACUAAAUAUAGUAUUACAUAUUUAAAAGAGAGAUGGUUUCGACUCUCCAACUCUUAAAAAGUAGUGGUGAUAAGCAGUUAUACUCCUAGAUGUUUUGUCCUUUCCCUUUUGUAUUAGUAUUUGUUUUCACUAAUAUAUUUCAAAAAUUAUAUUUCUGUGCACGUUAUAAAACUGUGAAAAUAAAUACCAGUAAAUAUUGUGAUACUUAUUCAGUGCACUGUAAAGUUCCAAGUGAGAUGAUACUUUGCUUGGGAAUUGAAGAAGGUUUCCUCACUUCUCAGAAAUGGUACUUAGCUUUAAUGUGGGAAAAUGAUAAUAUUUACAGUGACAUGAAAUUUUAAUGGAGAAUGUCUUGUUUUGCACUUCUAGUACUAUUAGAAGAAAUGAUAUGUUUUUCUCAGCAAAUGCAUCAUGAGAAUACAUUUUUAAAUUUGUUUUGUGCAUUGCAGUACAUAAGAAUGACCAUUCUGAAGAGAUUUGUGUUACAUCAUUGCUACAGGAUUCUUUUGUCUGAUAAUUUUUUUUUUCUUGAGCCUGUUUAAUAAUGGUGUUUAAUGACAAAAACCUUUUGGAAAUGUAUUUUGGCUUUUGUUUCACAUUGCAAACCCUGAACUUGGACUAAUAGUGAUGCAGUCGAAGGCCCUCACGAGGUUGCUCUGCCUUUUCAUGCCACUGGGGAAGGAGACCUUCCUUGUUCCCAGUUGGGACAAGAUUAGAGGAGUCGAGGACAAUUUUGGAGGAUGUGUUGUGCAACAUGUGAAGUGUAAAUGAUCUUCAAAAGUGAAAAUAAAAAGAAAUUGGAGGUUCACAGUUAGCCACACUAUGGGGGGGGGGAGUCUGUAACAGGAUGUAGGGUGUGCAGUUUCUGGAGGAGAUGAUAAUUUUUAACUAAUUUGAAUUCUAUUUAAGUUUCUGAAAGUAACUGAAAAAACAGGAGUUUUCUUUUUCUUUUAAAGCCAAAGUCUUUGCUUUCAUACGAGGUUUCACAGGAAAAUGGGCCAAAGAAUACAAUUAAAUAUGCAAAAGGUUAAUCUUAUGGAAAAGGGUAUCCUGUCAUCUUGAUAUGCACAAGCAUAUUAAUGGUGAUAGGAACAAUGUGUGUAAUUUUCCUGUAUAUUGCUAUGUAGGUUGCACUAUUUUGAAUGACACAAGCCUGAUAUUUUAAUUACCAAAUACCAUAAGAAGCUGUUUAUUAAUAGUUUAAACUUGUUAACCUAAAUAUAUAUACAGUAUACCCAGGCGUGCGUGCAUACACUUCCCAACCCAGUCAUGUGUGAGUAAUCUCCCAGAGCCAUGGGACACAUUUCAGCACUGCUUUAUUUUAAGUGCUUGUCUUCUCUCCUUCCCAAACCUCCCAAACCCACAAACCCUCUAGCAGCAUUUAUUGUAGUGUUUGAUACCUAUUACAGAAGGGGCUAAAGGACUCGCUGGGAUCAGGAUUGCUUUGUGCUAGGACAUGUGGGAACAUGUCAGAGGAGGGUUCCUGUCUGAAGGAGCUGGAACUGAUGCUUGCCAUAAAUAACAAGGCCAUAGGAAAAGGAUGUCUUCUCAUACUGUUUGGAAAAAUCUUGGCCAGAGAGGAUCUAUUGGCCUGGUGACUGACUUUAAAACUCAGUGUCAGCUUAUGUGAUCCACAUCUGAUCCUUAACCAUGUUCCUUAUGGUAGCUGAGGAAGGAUACCUCAGGAACCAGAUUCCCAGGAAAGCCCAGCUGGUGUGUGCACCAGUGGCCGCCCCUGUAUCCUCCCAUGCAGACUGGGCAGUUUCCAAAAUCGGUUUUGCAUGCAGAGACAGGUUUAGCAGUGGUGUUUAAGGCAGAACCACUUCUCUGAGUGCACAGGCUUUUGAGCUUGCUAUUGCUGGUGAUGUGGAGAUUUUCACUGAGGGAUGAUUGUGUUGUUUGUUGUUUGGCUGCUUUUCUAAAUUUGUAGUUCUCUAACUAGAAUUUAUGACCAAAAAAAAUAGCUUGGAUUAAUUUGUUGGAAGUAAUUUUUUGAAAGAGACAGUUGGAUAGUUUUGAUUCUUUCCACCUUAACCAAGAAACAGUAAAUUCUAUGGGGUCAAAUUUUGUCUACAAGUUUAUUGCAAGUGUGUCUUGGAGAAGAACUUGGUUUCAAGCUCUUCAUCUGCAAGAGGAAAAUUUUUACUUAGCUCAUUUUUACCUGGCCUAGGUCUGGAUUCCAAACUUAGGCAAAACACCUUUUGACUUAAAUAGGGAUGUGUAAGUGAAUGAUGAGAGAGCAGAUCUUUAUUGCAGUUCACGCUCAGAUUUCAAAGUCCCAAACCAAACCUCGUGUUGCAAAGGUAUGGAAAUUGCCUCACAUAAAAUCGAGUGCAGCUAGGAAGGAAACUAAUGCAGUUUCAAUAAGAACUGUUUGCAGUUUAUUCUUGAUAUAAGGUAUAAUAUUUUGAAGUAGUCUUACUCAUUUCAGAACCUCCCUUUUGCACUGAUGAAGAACAGCUCGAUCCCUCUGUCUUCACACCUCACACCCACAUGCACAGUGUAUCUCGUGCCUUCCCUGUUGAAACCAGAAGGUACAAACAGAAUUCAUUACUGUGUUAGGCAAACUCCUACCUGAUUCUUAACUAAGUACUCCAUUUUUAUGCAAAAUUUGCAUCCAUACAUUCCAGGUUCUCAGAAGCACUUCACCUGUGAGUUAAUAAUGUUUACUUCAUCAGAUUUCAAUUUACACAAAACCUGAAGGGUGUUUUGUGCUUCCUUUCAUCCUGUUUAAGGAUUUUUGUGGGCUUAGAUGAAACACUAAUAUUUCUGUGCUGCUAAACAAAACUCACCAGAAAUAUUUUAAAAUCUCAAAUUAGACUUUAAAAAACAUUUUUACCUGUUUACUUGAAUAACGUCAAUUUAAUGUGUUGUCCUGAUUAGUCUUUGUAUAUAUACAUGUGUAUAUAUAUAAGCUAUAUAUAAGCUUUAUAUAUAUAUGUAUAUGUAUAAAGUUUUUGGGGUGAUUGAGGGGCAAGACAAAAAUCCAGCAUUGUACAAAGAUUCUACAAUCAUUUAUUUACAGUUUCAAGUAAUGUGUUGCUGUUUUGAGUUUGAUUAAAAGUUAUUUGCAGUUGAACUAUGAAAAGUGAAAUGCAACUAAGAAAAUAAGAAUUCACAAUAUUAACUUAGGCUUUUGCUACAAAGAAAAUUAGUUAUUAGUACAGUUGGAACAGUGCUUUUUUUCUGGUGGAGGAAAAGAACUCCAAUUGUAAUUAUUUGUACUGGUUACAGGGAGCACUAACCUAAAACUGUACACAGUAAAUUAAAAAGCCUAUUACUUCCGUUAUUUACUAGUGCAAUUUACUGUAACACCCUCAAAAGUGUCAUAUUUCAAACCAAAGGGUAAGUCACAAAUUUCCAGUUGCUAACAAAGAAUAGGAGAGGUUUGAAGAACUCUUAACACCUGGGGAAAUAAAUCAGGAUGUUAGAGUAGAAAUAAAAGAAUAUUGCUGAAAUGGAAUCAGGCAUAAAAAAUUAAUUUUUUAGAGAAUCCAGAAUUUCAUUAUAAAAUUCACAGUCUAAUGGAUUCUUCAAAAGAAGGGGUUUGGGGAAAAAGAGAGCAUUUAAAAUCCAGUUUUGACAUUCCAAUUACUGCCUGUUUUAUUAGAUAGGUUUGGCAAAGUGAAAUGAGUUUUAACACGCAGGUCUCUGUGCACACACAGUUUUAACUGUGGUGUUGUGCAGACACAGGUACACCUGGCUACCCCUGCACCCUUCUGCCCCUGCCUUGGAGAUCCUGGUGGUAGCUGGAGCUACCCAAGAGCACCCAGUGCAGCGUGAAGGAACUGGGAUCCACACACUUCUCUCCUGUGUUACACACACUGUCUCACUGCAGUUCACCCUGACCAUAUUUUAACCCAGUGCAUGACUGAGUGCUAAUACUGUAUAAAUAUUUUGAAACAUAUCUUAAAAAAAAAAACAAAAACAUGUUUGCUUCAGACUUUUUAUGAUAGAGAAAUAUAUAAUUAUUAUGAUUGUCUUACAAAUUGUAUUGUGUUCAUUUUUUUUUUGUUAAAUAUGUAGAAAAACAUUAAGGGAAUGGGGGACUUGAAUGUCUGUGUGUACCGAAAUGUAUAUAACUAUUUGAGGAGAACACAUGUGCCAAGUAUAACAUGAUGUAAAAAUUGUAAAUAUAUGAAAAAUUCAUUUUUCUAAUAAAGAUAAUUUCUGCCAAUUGAUAUGAAAAGGAA